AUGGGCGAUAGUAUCGGCGUUACAGGAAACGGUGCAUUUGAUGAUAGUACAGCUACACUUGGUCCUUGUAUAACUGUCGGCGGUGGAAGUUACUGGCUGGGCAACUUCCAUCCUUUCUUAGAGGCGUAUGAACAACUUGCUCAAGAGGUGCAGGUUGAGCAUCCUUCGUCUCAAGAUCGCAAGCGGUGCGUUGAGGAGGGACACGAUGCCAUGGCGCAAGAGACAAGCUUCAGACUCGGCAGACUUGAGGUGACAUCCGGACUCAAUCUCAAGACAACAAGAAUAUCACAUGAUCCAUAUUGGGACGAGUGUGAUGCGGAUAAACCGCUUGUUGUAACAGACUGGGCUCUGAUCGGUUCUCGCACUUCACAGGCAAAUAUUCUCCGGCGGUUUCCUUCGGAGACUCUACCACCAACUCAAGAACCUAUCGUGGCAACCACAACGGCUAUCACACCGGGCGCUGACGUCCUGUCCAGUGGUCGAACAUCUGGAUACCAACGAGGUCAGAUCUGCGAGAUCCCUGCUUAUGUCUCCGGGGAUGCGAAUCAAACUCUCAAAGCUACUAGAGAAUGGUUUAUCGAAGAGCCAUGGCCGCAAGAUGAUGAGGAUGCAUGGAUCCGCGGCGGCAUCGGUGUAAACGGCGAUAGUGGUGCAAGUGUUGUAGACGCCAGCACUCACAGUCUCAUCGGGCAAAUCUGGGGUCGCAAUAACUACUGGGGACCUGGACAGCGUGUCACCUACUUCACUCCCAUCGCAGACAUCUUUGACGACAUCCAGGAAAAAUGCGGGCAACAGUCACGCCCUCAGCUUCCGCAGCACCGCGAUGAAGCAAACCGUUUCCCUUUACAUCCAUCGUGCCGCCAAUGCUUUGACCUACGAGCCUACCUCAACAGCAGUAGAAGAAGUUCACGAAUGUCGCUUCAAAGUAUGAUAAUGGGCAUAGGUGAUGGCGACCAGGAUCUCACCUCGAUUGAGGCAGUUUCAGAGCUAGCUACACCAAGGGAUUAUCAUCGCUAUCCGGGCAUAGAAGAGGCAGGUGCUUUUUUCAACAGCAUCGUCUCGCCAGCAGGGCCCAGUGGUUAUCCAGGCACUCCUAUGAUUGCUGACAUGAGGAGCCCCUAUGCCACAGAGUUGGAUCACGAGGAUUUGUACGACCCGGAAGCUAGAGUCCCCACUCAAACUCGAAAGCGAACAUCCAGUUUCGCUGUGGACAUGGGGUCGGAAAGGUGGAAGAGGCUGAGAACUGAUAGUUAA